AAAUUGCCUUUAUAUACGACCAUCAAUAUCGAUGGAGAAAUCAAACUAAAAUAACAAUGGCUUUACAUCUACUCCUCGUUCUAUCUUCUUAUAUGUUUUUAACGCAAGUGGUUGAAGGAAACCUCGAUGAUUUUGAUUGUGUUGAUGUAUACAAACAACCAGCUUUCCAACAUCCAUUGCUGAAACACCAUAAGAUUCAGGAAAUUUUCAACCUGGAUGAAAUUCUUGAUAGAAAAAAUGAAUAUGAAACGAAUUAUCAAAGUUGUCCAAAAGGAACAGUGCCACUCUUAAAACAAAUAAAUGGAACUAAGAGCGUUCAUCUUGACACAGUCGAGUAUCCGGGCCAACACUUUGCAACAAUCGAGACCGUUUUGGAUGGGAGCAUAUAUCGAGGAGCACAAGCUAACAUAAGUCUUCAUAGCUUAAAUCUGCAGGAAAACCAGUACAGUAAAAGUCAAAUUUGGUUAGAGAAUGGACCCCGUAAUGAACUCAAUAGCAUUCAAGUUGGUUGGGCAGUACAUCCAAGAUUGUAUGGUGACACUCGCACGAGAUUUACAAUGUACUGGACCGCGGAUGGUUAUAAAAACUCUGGAUGCUAUAACAUACAAUGUCCUGGCUUUGUUAUUGUAACUCAAAUCCCUUGGAUUGGAAAAGCGUUUUCUAGAACCUCUAUUUAUGGUAGUAAUGAAUCAGUUUCUUUCACACCGCAAGUAUUCCAGGAUGGCAUAAGUGGAAACUGGGGAUUAAAAAUACUCAACGAAGUAAUUGGUUACUGGCCCAAAGAAUUAUUUACACAUUUAAACGAAGGAGCAUCUUUAAUACGUUUUGGAGGAAACACAUUUAUGUCUCCGGAUGGAAUUAGUCCUCCAAUGGGAAAUGGGUAUUUUCCGGUUAUCGACUUUCAGAAAAGUUCAUAUUUUCUACAUGUCAAAGUUAAGAACUCGAACUAUCAAUUAGUUGAUAUUGAAGACGGGAAAACAAGACUUUAUUCAGAUUCGUACCAGUGUUAUAGAUUAACGUAUUGGGGUUAUUUCAAGUCGAAUGGAGUAUCCUUCUCCUUUGGAGGUCCAGGUGGAGACUGUGGUACUUGAUGUUUAUGAAUUUUCCAUAUGUAUUACCAACCAAAAUUAUCAAAUUUAAAAAGUAAAUAAAAUGUGACUAAACUAUGUUCAUUUUUCACUUUCA